CCUUCACCGCCCGACUCUCUGUGGGUUGCCCGGCUUGCCACCGUUAUGGCUCCGCUGCGCUUUGCCGCCAACUUGAACUGGCUCUUCCAGGAGCAGCCGACGCUGCCGCAGCGCAUGGAGGCGGCUGCCCGCGCCGGAUUCCGAGCGGUCGAGCUGGGCUUCCCCUACUCCUGCGGCGCUCCAGAGCUGCGGGCGGCGGCGGAACGGACCGGGCUGGAAGUGGUCCUGCUCAAUACCCCGCCAGGAAACCAAGACAAAGGUGACAAAGGCUUAGGUGCAGUACCUGGCCGCCAACCUGAAUUCCGGGAGACCUUGGAUUUGGCUGUGAAGUAUGCCAAGGCCCUGAAAUGUCCAAGGAUUCACCUUAUGGCUGGGCGGCUUCCUGUGGGUGCUGAAAGGAAGGCAGUGGCUGCUGAGAUGGAAGCUACUUUCAUUGAGAACCUCAGAUAUGCAGCUGACAUCUUGGCUCAGGAAAAUCUGGUUGGAUUGCUAGAGCCAAUAAAUAGCCGGAUUAGUGAUCCCCACUACUUUUUGACCACCCCACAGCAAGCUGCAACCAUUUUGAAGAAGGUGGGAAGCCCUAGCCUGAAGCUGCAGCUGGAUAUUUUCCAUUGCCAAAUCAUGGAUGGUAACCUGACUCAGAACUUGGAGACAUACUUCCCAAUCAUUGGACACGUUCAGAUUGCCCAGGUACCAGCUCGGCAUGAGCCUGACAGUCCCGGAGAACUGAACUACCUGUACCUGUUUGAUCUGCUGGAGUCUAUGGGUUACAGUGGCUAUGUAGGAUGCGAGUAUACACCAGAAGGAAACACAGUGAAGGGGCUGGGCUGGCUGUACUCCUACUGGGAGAACCAUGGGAGAAGUCUGGCAGAAGCUGCACAAUAGCAGAAAAUGGGAAUAAGGCGCACAGGAGAUGGAUUGAACUACGCUGCCCAGCACAAUAUGCCAACAGAGAACAAAGGUCAGGUUAGACACCUUUUUAUAUGAGCACAACAGCUAAAAUAUCCCCUUGUUAUGUCUCUCCCUGGGCACAUGCCUUUAGCCGGAUGCUGUCUCCUAAUAAAGUGACAACUGUG